AUGGCGGCGAGCGAACACCACAAUGAUCGAGGGGCCGACGACGACAACCAUAACAACCAUGACGAGACUUCUGUACGCCCCGAUGUCUUGCCCAUAGACCCGGUCGAGGCGUUCCCGCCCAUGCCUACUUUCGCUCCCGAAAAUGCGGCAUACGACGAGGGCAUUCCGAAGGCCGAGAACGAUAUCAAAGUGUCGCACAUACCUCUCCCUCCCUUACCAAACGUGUCUGCGAGCGCACCCCCUACCUCGACCCUCCCUACCAUUCCCGGUGGCCACUCCGAUGAGGAACAGUCUUCCGAUGCCUCAUCCACGCAUAGUAAGCCCGAGAAGCAAGAAUCGUCCAACUCUUCGUCCACGUCCGAGCCUGCGACUGCUACCGAGAAGAAGGAGGCUGAGAAUAAGGACGACGUGGCACCAAAGUCAAGGGCCAGGGCCGGAUCGAGUUCCGCAUCCAUGAAGAAGAAUCAAAGCCACGAUAAUGUUAGGAGAUUAUCUGUCGCAGGGAUACAACAACUCACCGCCCCCGAAGCUCUCCCUGUCGCAGUAGUUCCCGACCAAACCCCUGACGGUCAAGAACAGCUGGUUCGCUCUCCUCUCGCAGAUCAGCUCGAGGCAAUUCGACAGUCGAUACUCAGUCAGCCCGACUCUCUGCGACGAAACGGCCCCGUGACGGACGGCGGAAAUAGGUCGCGAUAUCAAGACGAGCCAAGACGACCUGUCUCAGGCAGAACGCUCUCGACGCCUCCCACGAAUCGACGACAAUCACAGUCACAAACCACGUCGCCCCGCCGAAAUUCCUUCUACUCUGUUGCCAGGCCACCGCCUCUCAACCUUGAUGCCACCAGCCACUUCAACGCAAUCAACCCUCUGCCGACAAGUCUGAACAAACAACCACCACCGCAGCUCCAGGUUCCGCCGCCAACAAAGUCACAGCGAAAUGACCCUUUUCCGCCAUCGCCCCUCCCUCCUUCGAUACCCCUCCCGCCUAUGUCUAUACCCACGCACCUUCAGUUGGAACUAGCAGCCCAACGACCGAGCCCUCUGUACAUACACCACUCGCACACCAACGACAUACCCUAUGAGUCCUACGUCGUCAAAUGGGAAAGACUCAAAAAUGUUCUACUACUGCCGACAUUUCUGGAGAGAACGCUCUAUUUCGGAGCUCUGGCAUGUCUCGAUGCCUGGCUCUAUAACUUUACGAUCCUGCCCAUGAGAUUUGCCAUUGCCCUCGGGGUAUUGUUCAGAUGGUGGGGCUAUAUGGCUAUCAAGGAGGCACGCUUCAUGGUUGGUUUCGUUUGGUACGGGCUGGGCAGAGUAUGGGCCAGAGCACGGAGACCUAGGGCAAGAAGUGCGCUGUCCGCUCAAAAAGGAGACAACGACCACCUUGUCAGCCGCGACAGAAGCCAGAGUCGGCCGCCGGGGCGCAGAUCAUCUACCCCAGCAACGGAUAUGAGGUUCCCUGACAACAUCCCAGCUGUCCAUGUCGACUCAGAUGUCAAAGCGAACGGCAAUGGAGUCAUUGAGCAUGAGGUCAGAUUGAAUGGGAACGGGCAUAUCACUCAUAAGAUGAAUGGACCUUCGAGCCAUCACCCUCCACACCCUUCUGCCUCUAGAGUGCAUCGACAUCGUAGGACGAAAUCGAUACCCUCUAAUCUGUCUUCCUUUCACAAGGCGGAUCUCUUACAAGGCGCCGUAAUUCUUUUCAGCUCGCUAUUCCUCAUGAAGCUGGACGCUAGCCGAAUGUAUCACUUCAUUCGAGCACAGGAUGGCAUCAAGCUCUAUGUCAUCUACAACGUCCUCGAGGUCGGGGAUCGCCUCCUUUCAGCGCUUGGCCAGGACAUAUUUGAGUGUCUUUUCAGCUCCGAAACAUUGUCUAGAAAUAGCUCCGGUCGGUCCAAGGUGCUUCUUCCGCUGGGCAUGUUCGGACUUGCACUGAUUUACAAUGUCAUCCAUUCUGUGGCGCUCUACUACCAAGUCAUCACGCUGAAUGUGGCUGUCAACUCCUAUUCAAAUGCUCUGUUGACUCUCAUGAUCUCCAACCAAUUCGUUGAGAUCAAGAGCACGGUGUUCAAGAGAUUCGAAAAAGACAACCUGUUCCAGCUGACUUGUGCGGACAUUGUGGAGCGCUUCCAACUCUGGAUCAUGCUGUUCAUUAUCGGCAUGCGCAAUAUUGUGGAGGUUGGUGGGCUCUCCGUACCUGGGGCAGGGUCCGAAAACAGCGACCUGGGAGGUUCUGGCGCUAUGCCUCUUCACAGCCCUUCGAUCCUGCCGUUCAGCUUCACGAUUCUUCCGUCUUGGGUUUGGUCUGGCGAGGUGCUGUCCCCCUUUCUCAUUGUCAUUGGCAGCGAGAUGCUGGUCGACACGAUCAAACACGCCUACGUAAACAAGUUCAAUAACAUCAAGCCGACAUUCUACAGCCGCAUCCUCGACAUCUUGUGCAAGGACUACUACACUAAUGCAUUUGUCUCUCCUUCGCUGACGAGACGACUUGGUCUGGCUGUCAUCCCGCUGUCGUGCCUGUUCAUUCGAGCCUCUGUCCAAACGUAUCACAUGUUUCUUUCGACACGUAUAGCUACGCCCAUCGCAGAGUCAACUCAGACAUCCCUAUCCGUCGAGUCUGCGACACCCUCGUCGCCAGCAAUGGUGGCAGCGCUGGACCGUCUCGACACGUUACUUAGGGAUGCCUUAGGCCGGGCCGUUUACGGCUAUCCUUACGGAGAGCCAAGUGUCCAGAGCAGAGCAUGGUGGACGUGGACUAGUGACGAUGUAAUUGCGGCAGUUACCAUGAUUGUCGUCUUCUUCAUCGCCUUCUUGGUCCUUCUUAUCGUCAAGCUGCUACUGGGCAUGGUUCUGCUGCGAUACUCCCGAAACAGGUACGCCAGGAUGAAGCAUAAGGAGCACAUGGUGGCAACUGGUCAGGAGGAGCGCGAGGUCUAUGAUGCUACCGGGAAGAGAGUUGGAGGUUACGGUCAGAUCGAGGUCACGGAAGACCGACGAAGAUGGAUUCACGCUGAUGACAAGGAGGGCCUGAAGGGGGGCAAGGGAAGGGUUCAGAAACCGGAAAGGCCACAACAAGGCGACUAUAACGGAGUUCAACGGUACGAAAUGGUCGCAAAGAGGAUUUGGUGA